AUGGAUAAUAGAGAGUGUAUUGCUAGUGAAGAUCUCAGGUGUCAUAGUGCUGCAGCAGAACCAGACGAAGAAGAAACUCCAUUAGAUCGAGAGGAGAAGAAGAAGUUAAGACGAGUAAGCUUCGCUGAUGAACUCACUUCAGUUCAUAUAUUUCAGAGAGAUGAUGAUGUAUCUGAUCAAACUCCUGUAGACGAUGAUCCUAAACCUAAUAGUAGCCCUCCACCAAAAACCGAAGAUCAAAAUGAUGACGAACAAAGAAAUUUUGUGUUGGAUUUCCCUUCUACUUCGCCUGGAAGUGAUUUUGGUUCGGCUUCUACGUCUCACAACGAUGACGGGGAUGGUUGGUUUGGGAAGGUUUCAGAAAGUUUUAUUAGGGGACAUCUAUCAGCUUCUGCAGUAUCGGAUGACAGUAAUUAUGAAACUACUCUAGACUCUACGGAUUUUAAGUUACAUUUUCAGAAUCUUAAUCAGUCAGAUACGGAGUCAGAUUUCAAAACACCAACAAGAAGUCACCUCUCACUUGAAUGUAGGACGCCGUCAACUGGAGAUUUGACUGGCACUAACUCUACCGGGAAUUUAAUGUUUGGAGUUCAUAAACCAACUCCUGCAGUUUCCGUUUCUGGUGGCACGUCUAGUGGUGCUGGUGCUGGUAAUGAUAUGAGUUUGAUAGAUGAAAAUAGUCAUAUAUAUGACUAUGGAACAUUGUCUCACACAUUAGAAGCCAUGAUGUCCAAAAGCCAAAAUAUUUUGUAUGGUAUUCCCGUUCCAGAUCGUGUCACUAAGUCAUCCAAUUUCAAGGACGUAAAUAAUGGAUUGAAAACAUACAAUGAACUUAAAAGCCACGUAAUGGGACUAGAGGAAAUGGGAGGCAAUGAGCUGGAGAGCACUAAUCCUCAGGAUCCUCCCUCUGAGGUGGUCUCCAAUGGCGAUGUGAACCAUAAAGGAAAUGAUAGAUUUGCUGCCAGCAUUAUAGACCAGUUCAUCACCAGCACAGCACACAGUCUCCCAGAUGCUGCUGCUGUCCAAGCUCACCAGAGUCAAAUUCUGAGCGAGUCAACUUCGGCCAUGUUACAGAAUAUGCCCUCUGCCAUUGACCAAGACUCAGCUAAAGCACUAGUAGUAGUUGGUGGAUCAACCGUUGAGUUUGAUGGCGGUAGCGAAUCUUUGGAUCAACAGUUUGUGUUCGGUGAUGGUACCAAAUCUAGCGACCCGUUGAGUUCUCCAAGGGAAACGAAUUUGAUACAUAUCACGACACUAAGUGAUUGCAAGUAUGCAGGUAAUGUUGAGCACAAAAUGACUGAAGAUUCCUUGAGUAAUGCAAGAUGUGCUACUGAAAUUGGUUUCAAGAUAACUAACCAAUCUUCCAAACCAGAAGGGUCUGUAUCAUCAUUAUAUCCUAAGCAACAACGAAUAUCUCAUCCUAGCAUUGUCUUAACUGUUAGUGAAUCUCCACUACUUCAUGUUGAGAGCAGAAUGAAUGGAGACUCUUGGAAUGACACAAGAUGUACCCCUGAAAUUGGUUAUAAAACUAAUCGAUCCACCAAAUCCCCAUUAGAAGGGUCCAUAUCUUCGUUGAGCGCUAAGCGACGAAAAAUGUUUCAUCCUACUUCCAGUGCUGGACAACAACCUAGCUCCCCUUUAAACAAUGGAAGUAUGGAUACUUCGACUACUUUAUCCAUGGAUUGUAGCAGUCAACAUGUAAGCAUUGGAAGGGCUUUGGAAGUAGACAGGAAUUUAGCGAAAACUACUGGGGAUGACAGAAAUACAGAUCUUAACGAGAUACAUUUAAAUGUUUCACUUGCUGAUUCAGGAGAAGAACUGAGACAACUGGAAUGA